CCUGUGAGAGCGUCAGAUCCUAGCCUACUUGUUUGUCCGAAACUCAUGAUAAGUGCGCCGCCAACGAGGCUUGAAUAGUUAGCCUAAAGUCUUUUCGCGAGUACAUAUGUGAUACGAUGAGGUAUAAACCUUUUUGCUUUUAGAUGAAGCCAGGACUGUUUGUGUUUUUUAUUUCGACCAUUGUUUUAUUACUUCCGGGAAAUCCACACAGAAACCUCAGAGGAAGAUCGCAGAUGAAGCAGCUCGCUGUUUGUUCUCUCUCUGGAUUGGAAUUUUUUUAUUGUUUCCACUUUCUUAUCUGAUGAGGCUUACAUCGUGUUUGGAGGCCGAGAAAGAGUCAUAAGCUCACUCUCCGGACCUGCAGACGUCCAGCUUUCUCAAUCUUAGGCCAUGACAGAGCCCAAGACGUCUCCACCUGUGAGUGGCGUAAGGUGGGCACGGGUGUGCAAGGAAUGUGGACAGUGCCAUGAAGUUCAGGACAGUCACUUGUAUGAAUACCAGGAUGAGGUGGAUGAUGAGCUGGUGUGCCACAUCUGCCUGCAGCCACUGUUGCAGCCCAUGGACACGCCGUGCGGCCACACAUACUGCUUCCAGUGCCUCAGCAACUUCCUCCAUGAUCAGGACUUCUGCCCCGUGGAUCGCCAGCGGCUUCAGCUGCAGCAAUGCCGAGCCUCCAGCCUGCUGGUGCGUAACCUUCUGGACAAACUUACCGUGCUGUGCCCAUUCCGCAGCGAGUGCCAGCAGAACAUGCAGCGUUGUGAAUUGCAGCCCCAUCUGCACAACAGAUGUCCUGCAUUCAAACGGCUCAGGGAGGAGGCAGAGAGAAAGAAAAGACCCUCCUGGAAUGAGUUAAAGGGAAGCAAAUCAGAUGGAGACUUGACAGAUACAAAAUUCACCCCAUCAAUAACACGCACAACUCAAACCAGUGAAACUGGCCUGGUCAAUCCUGCCUUUGAGGAGGGUGAAGAUGAGCUUCUUCGGGGACAACAGCCAAAGCACCCUGUCCUGCCGAUUAUCCUUGGACCAAAGAAGGCCAACUGGGAAUCGAGGCGGGACACCCCUCUGAGAUCCAGUCUCGUAGCGGAGGCGACUGUGGUGGAGCUGUUUCUGGAAGAGCCAGAGGUGGAUUUAGGAUUGCGUAUAGUGGGAGGGAAAGACACACCUUUGGGCAACAUUGUCAUACAGGAGAUUGUGCAUGAUUCACUGGCUGGUCGGGAUGGCAAGCUGGCCCCAGGAGAUCACAUUCUAGAGGUUAAUGAUGUCAGUUUUGCAUCCAUCCCCCACAGUCGUGCCAUCGCUGUGCUUCGGCAGUCAUGUUCCCGUCUCAGGCUAACCGUAAUGCAGGAAAAGGGCUUCAAGCCCCGCCCGGAACAACUUGCAAAACCGUCAGCCUCUUCCCCAUCACAGCUGUCCAAUCCCAACCAGAACCGUGGCACUGUCAUUCAGGUCACCUUGGUGAAGCGCGAUCGCUCUGAACCACUGGGCAUCAAACUCAUCCGGAAGUCUGAGGAGCCAGGAGUCUUUAUUCUGGACCUUUUGCCUGGAGGCCUGGCUGCCAAAGAUGGGAAACUGCGGAAUAAUGACAAAGUGCUGGCCAUCAACGGACAGGACUUGAGACAUGGCAGCCCAGAGAGCGCAGCUCAGAUCAUACAGGCAAGUGAAAUGCGGGUGAACUUCGUAGUAAUGAGGCUUCCUGAUCUCUCUGAUGAGGUGGGUGAGGGACAAAUCAGAGGGGCCAGGAGGGGCCCUGAACCGCAGUACUUCAAGCGAUGUUCCACAUAUAUGAAGGACCCUCCAGGUGGGUUCUCCAGUCAGGAGAAGACGGUGAGUCUGAAGAAGGAACCUCGACACUCUCUGGGCAUCACCAUUGCAGGCGGUAGGGACUGCCGCAGCCGUUUGCCCGUCUACAUCACUAGUGUACAGCCAGUGGGCUGCCUGCACAGAGACGGCACCAUCAAAACAGGUGAUGUACUGCUGAGCAUAAAUGGUAUUGACCUGACCCAGCUGGCCUACAAUGAGGCAGUGACUGUGCUAAAGGCUCAGGCUGCUCAGAACACUGUAACACUACAAGUCAUCCAAACCUUUGCUGACAAGGAGGAACAGGAUGGAGAAUCUAGCAGUACAGAUGACAUGGACACACUGGAGGCCCCCAAAGAGGACAAUGUUAACUGGGUUCCUCUAUGGACCUGCUGGCUGGGCCUACCCAGCUACAUGCACUGGUGUCGAGAUAUUAUGCUGAUGAAGACCAACAGUGAGAGUUGGGGCUUCAGUAUCGUGGGGGGUUAUGAAGAGAGCCACGGCCAGCAGCCCUUCUUUAUUAAGACCAUUGUGCCUGGAACCCCAGCCCACUUUGAUGGACGCCUCAAGUGCGGUGAUGAGAUUGUUGCUGUGAAUGGAGUCACUACAGUUGGCAUGAAUAACUCCUCCUUGAUCCCAAUGCUGAAGCUGCAGAAGAACAAAGUCACAUUGACUGUGGUGUCCUGGCCUGGCAGCCUGGUUUAAAGACCUGGCCUGAACUUGUACCGCUGUUACUGGUUCUAUCACAAGAUGGAUUUUUAGUUGAAGUCCAUAAUUAGAAGAGAGAAUUGGAUGUUAAGUGUUGUUUUGUCCUCCCUGAAGGACUGGUUGCGGGUAAGAACAGAUGGGGCAAAACAGGGGAGACUGCCAACAAUCACUGACCCGGAAUUAAAAACAAGCAGGAAGGUUGACAUUGUUUAAUUCGCUGCACUGUAGACAUUUUAAUGUUUUACAGGAGUAAUAUUAUUUUGUUGAGCUGUAAUGAAGUGUGAACUGCACUUAAGGACACUGGGCAUGCUUGACUUAACAAGAGAAAUAUUAAGUUCCUACUUCAAUAGAAAAGUUUUAAAUUGGGAUAUUUUAACUUUGAACUAUGCCUCCAGCCUGGGUCUAAUUUAGUAUGAAACUUUAAGACAUUAUUUCCAUAUAUAACCUGUAAUCUUUUAGAUGUUGUAUGAUUGACUUUAAGUGGUCAGUAGUGAGGUAAUAAAUACAAAUAAUUAUUUUGACUAAAUGGAUUUGGACCACAUUAAAUUCUUAUAUUGAUGGCCUCUCUAAUUACACUCUAAUUGCACAUAGGUGGCCUCUCAUGUUAUGUGUUCUGAGCAUAGUGACACUAGUGGAACCCUUUGUUGUUGCUAUUGCAGAAUUAGUAUGGACUGUUUUAUGAAACCACAGCUUGGCUUGUUUGAAAUAUUUUCAAGAAUGGAAAUAUUUCUCGGGUGCCUUGCAUAUAAAAGUGUACAUACACACUGAUUCACACUUGCCUUAAUUGCCUGUAUACCAAAAAUGUCAUUCUUUAUCAUUGGCCUUUUAUCAAAUUUAGACUAUUUUAAUACCUUUUUAUAAAUGCUUUUAGUUCUUUUUCCCACUGAGAUCUGAGUUUGACCUUUUUAAUGUGCUUCAGUGAAUUCCAAUGAUGUUCUCUCCUUUGAGUAGCUGAGUAGCAUAGCAACAGGAAAGGGUUGCUAUGUUGACAGAAUAAAAGAUUGAGUUCUAUUUUAUUAUGUCGUUGUUGUUGUUGGGCAGUGACCACGCUAUUUCUUCUUUUUUUUUUAAAUUUUUUUUUUAUGUUUACUCUCCUAAUUGAACCGUAACAUUAUUUUCUAUUCCAUUAGGUCUAUUCUUUUAUUUUCUUAACUCCUGUGGAUUACCAAACAAUUAUUUAUGCUCCAUAUGUAUGUAUGUAUGUACAUAAUCAAUCCAAAUAUAAUGUAAUCCACUAGGAUUUAUCCUAAAGUGCAUUAGAAAAUCAAAACCUGAUCUGCAAGUUUCACUUCAGUAUGUGACGCCAUUUUAAACCUGUUUGGAUUACAUAUGGUUUUACUUCAACGGUGUUUUUCUGUUUUUAAGAGCUAAUGCUAAAGAUCCAUAUUUCACAGCCUCUGCAAAUCAGUCAUUAUAGUUCCUGUGGGAUUCCUAGGCAAUAACAGCAGCUUUGCCCUGUUGGGUAUCUCUCCAUCUGAGCAGCUUGAAGGGCAAAUGAGCCACGUGCUGUCACACAGGGGAUCUUUGGAGGAUGUAAAUCAACCCACUGCGGUCUGAAUUUAAGCCUUGAACUAUGAACCAAGGAUUAAAUGGUUUUAAAUCCUUCUGACAAGCUAAACCAAUGUAACCAUAGGUUGCCAACUGUGAAAGAAUAAAUAAUGUUUUUUUCUUUCUAUACAGUGUGUGAGGUAUACACAGUUGGAUUUGGAGUGAGAUGUUAAUGUCUCAGUUAUGUCAAACUCCAACCAUCAAGACAUUACCUGUCCAAAAGUCAUAAGUCACUGAGCACCUGCAGAGAAUGCGAGACUCAAAACAAGGCACAAAGGUUGCAACGGGGCUAAAGGCACACCGGAGAUUUGCUUUUUUCUGGUCACAUCAAUAUAUAAAUAUUUAUUUUUGCUGAAUAUUGAUGGAACUACAUCAUUUGUGUGAAAAGAAACUGUUCAUCAUAACUGUGGUUUUGAUUAAAAUUCACCCCAUAUACCAUCCUUUCACUUAUUGGACAGUUAUUUAAAAAAAAAAGUUUGAUUUAAUCACCUUGAACAAAACUUAAAAUGAAAGUAUUUUUUCUCACAAUAAAUAUUUCAGGGAUUUUCAUUUGCAACAUUUAAAAAAAAUAUUAACAAUUAGAUCAAAUUGCCUCAAAAUCAAUUUAUUUGCUAUUUAGUGUUUAGUGAGAAGGCGCCUUUUACCCCACUGGGACUUUAACCCUGUUGUACCCUAUUAGACACAGAUCUUUAUCUCCGUUCGUAUAUAUUUCAAAGAUGAUGUAACACAAAACAAGUAAUAUUAAAAUAACCAAAGAAUUCUGUAAUGUACACAUUCCAUCAAAAAUGACUGUCAUUAUUUAAAGGCAAAUUUGAAACUUCACUUGUGUAUUUUCACCAUCUUCAUUGUCUUAACCUGCCCCCUAGAGGGCAUGUGAAGCUCAAUAUAAUGACAUUUAUUUAUUAAAAUGUAUGCGUUGUUGUACAAUUGCUACUAAAUCUAUUAUCUAGCUAGCAUCGUCUUGGGCCACAAGCAAAAGAGUUAAUAUUCUCUUAAGUGCAGCUGUGAAUCUGAAUCACUCAUGCCAAGUUAAGUUUGUUUUUCACACUCCUCACAACCCCCAUGGUCUAAUGGAAAGUAAUAGCAAUACAUUCAACUUUUAAUUCCCUGUAUUUAUGCAAUAAAUCUAUU